AUGCCCACUAGUGCUGAGCAGUCGGCCGUCGUUAGCUUGGUGAACAAAGUGAAAGGUGCGCUGCAGAAGAUUGCAUCGAAUCCGGAUCAGUCUGCCUCAAUGGUACUCGAAGAAUUUCGUGAAGUCGGAUCGUUCCGUAAGGAAACAAUGCUUGCUGGUCACAACGUUGCCGAUAUUGUCGUUGUUUUCAGAUCACUGCCAACUUUCGAAGCGGUAUCAGCAUUGGGACAGAAAAUCGUUGAAGAUUUGAAAGCUGGCGACAAAGAAGGCAGCAUCGUGGCUGAUAUAACUUUCGCACCUCCACCCUCACGUGGUAUGUGCUACGGUUGUUGUUUUCAUUUCUGA